GAUAAUUUUGUCAAUUGUGAACAGGUACAUAAUACCCGUGUUCUAGAUUUAUAUCAUUAGUAUGUCAGUGAAGUUGGGGACCAAAAUUUAAAAAUUUAAUAUCUGCUUUUUUGUAAUAGAUCUUCUUAGAGCUAAUCAAAGUUCCACAUUCGGAAGCUAAACUCAUAGUUUACUCUUAUAAGUUGCAGUUUAGUACACAGGUUUCAGAACUUAGGGAUAAGCUAAACAUUGUAUAUUUAUUAAUAGAACAGAUUAGGAGUUCUGUAAAGUCGAGGAGAGUGUUGUUGAUAACUUUUUCUCUUGGAAAUGCUUUCAACCAGGGAAUUGCAACGGGAGCGAAAAACUAGUCCUGCUGCAUUCACCAGGGCAAGGGUUGAUGUUGCGGUCAAGUAUUCGAUAGUUGAACGACCAGAGAAGAUCGAUGCGGUCCUCUACCCUGAAAUUUCCUCAUUUCUAAUGCUUAUCAAGGAUCAGGACCCGUAUGGUACAAGGGAAAGUAAAGAAGUUACAUUGGAAAGGAGAGUUCAGUUGGAUUUACUUCAGGCUAUGCAAAGAGUUUAUAAAUUGAGCUCGUACUCACUGAAUUCUGUUUCACCACACUUUUUUAAUGAGCAGAUACGAUUUUUUUCCAGGCAACAUCGAUUAGAAGAAGAAGCAAAAGGAAAGGUUUUGGGAGGAGAAUAA